AUGAAAAGCGUUCGCGAUACUCAGCUACCUCAUAUUUUACAUCUCGAAGUACCGUUUGAGACGGCUUCGCAAGCUCAAACUGCGGUAAAAGUCCUAAAUCCAGAUCCCAUUUUGAAACCACAGGAUUUCCAUGUUCGGUACUCGGCCAAUGGUCCCAAAUUGUGCCUCGAUUUUGAAAGCGUGGAUGACCGUGUACUAAGGGUUGGAGUUAGCAGCGUCAUCGAGAGCGUUAAGACCAUCUUGGAAACGAUCGACGAGUUUACUUAA